AUGGUUGGCACCAUUGACAGCGCUGUAGACAGCUCUGUAGACAGCACCAUGGCCAGCGCCAUAGACAGCACCAUGGCCAGCGCCAAGGGGGCGCAGGGACCCUGUGCAGGAGUGAAUCACGCGCCCCUUGCUCUGCUCUCGCAGGUCGUGUACAAGAAUAAUGACAUCCGUCUGGAGCUGUCCCGCCUGGCCCGGAUCGGCGACCCCAAGAUGAAGGUCUACGGAGAGGUGGUGUUCAAGUGCGAGAACGUGGCCACGCUGGACCCCAUCAACUUCGAGACCCCCGAGGCGUACAUCAGCCUGCCCAAGUGGAACACCAAGCGCAUGGGCUCCAUCUCCUUUGACUUCCGCACCACGGAGCCCAACGGCCUGAUCCUCUUCACGCACGGCAAGCCCCAGGAGAGGAAGGACUCCCGGAGCCAGAAGAACACCAAGGCGGACUUCUUUGCGGUGGAGCUCCUGGAUGGCAACCUCUACCUGCUGCUUGACAUGGGCUCCGGCACCAUCAAGGUGAAAUCCACCCAGAAGAAAGCCAACGACGGGGAGUGGUACCACGUGGACAUCCAGCGAGACGGGCGGUCAGGUACCAUUUCCGUCAACAGCCGUCGCACACCUUUCACCGCCAGCGGGGAGAGCGAGAUCCUGGACCUGGAGGGGGACAUGUUCCUGGGCGGGCUGCCCGAGAACCGGGCCGGCCUCAUCCUGCCCACCGAGCUCUGGACCGCCAUGCUCAACUACGGCUAUGUGGGCUGCAUCCGAGACCUGUUCAUCGACGGGCGGAGCAAGAACAUCCGGCAGCUGGCGGAGAUGCAGAACGCGGCGGGGGUCAAGUCCUCCUGCGCCCGCACGGGCGCCAAGCAGUGUGACAGCUACCCCUGCAAGAACAAUGCCGUGUGCAAGGACGGCUGGAACCGCUUCAUCUGUGACUGCACCGGCACUGGCUACUGGGGCCGAACCUGCGAGAGGGAGGCGUCCAUCCUGAGCUACGAUGGCAGCAUGUACAUGAAAAUCGUCAUGCCCAUGGUCAUGCACACGGAGGCAGAGGAUGUGUCCUUUCGGUUCAUGUCCCAGAGAGCUUAUGGGCUUCUGGUGGCCACCACCUCUAAAGACUCGGCGGACACCCUGCGUCUGGAGCUCGACGGGGGCCGUGUCAAGCUCAUGGUUAACUUAGACUGUAUCAGGAUAAACUGUAACUCCAGCAAAGGGCCAGAGACCCUGUACGCGGGGCAGAAGCUGAACGACAACGAGUGGCACACCGUUCGGGUGGUGAGGAGAGGAAAAGGUCUCAAGCUGACUGUGGACGAUGACGUGGCUGAGGGUGCCAUGGUGGGAGACCACACCCGCCUGGAAUUCCACAACAUCGAGACGGGCAUCAUGACGGAGAAGCGCUAUGGCUCCGUGGUCCCCUCCAGCUUCAUCGGCCACCUGCAGAGCCUCCUGUUCAACGGGCUGCUCUACAUCGACCUGUGCAAGAACGGCGACAUCGACUAUUGCGAGCUGAAGGCCCGCUUCGGCCUGCGCAACAUCAUCGCCGACCCCGUCACCUUCAAGACCAAGGGCAGUUACCUGAGCCUGGCCACACUGCAGGCCUACACCUCCAUGCACCUCUUCUUCCAGUUCAAGACCACCUCUGCCGAUGGCUUCAUCCUCUUCAACAGCGGUGACGGCAAUGACUUCAUCGCCGUGGAGCUUGUCAAGGGGUACAUACACUACGUGUUUGACCUUGGAAAUGGGCCCAACGUGAUCAAAGGCAACAGUGACGGUCCCCUGAAUGACAACCAGUGGCACAACGUGGUCAUCACUCGGGACAACAGCAACACCCACAGCCUGAAAGUGGACACCAAGGUGGUCACUCAGGUCAUCAACGGCGCCAAGAACCUGGAUUUGAAAGGUAAACCCUGUGAAGGGAUGCCAUUUGUGUAA